AAUAUUGCCUUUAGAGUUUAGACUUUAGAGCACAGAAUUAUUGACAGAGUUGAGAGUACAUUUACAUUUUACAACAAGUUUUAGAGUUUAGACCUCUUCUCACUUUUGAGUUAUGACCUCGGCAAUUUUAGCAACUCGCUAUUAGUGAGAAAUCAAUUAGAAGAAUGUCUGUCUAUAUUUUUUUAAAUAAAUGGUUGAUAUAAUUUUAUUUAUAUAAAACAUUGUAUGGAUGGAAAUAACAAUUAUUAUCGGAGUCAGUCUGAGUGUUGAUAGUGAUAAACAUAAUAUUAAUACAUAAUAGAGCAAAAAUAUAUGCUUUGAUUACCUAGAUCAAACACUACACAUUUUACGACGAUAGGUAUGACUGAUGUUUGAUACCUAUUUACUAGCAUGUGUAAAGUUUCAUUUUAAAUUAUAUGCAACAUGUGCUGGAAUAUUAUUGAAACCUCUUAGUACUUAGUAACUAUUGCCAAGAUAUUAAAUUUUGGUAUGGAUGAUGCGAACAUGAAUCAUUAUGAAAAACAGCUGUAUUGUGUGUUUAAAACAUUUGAUAUAGAUAAUGAAGAAGCCUUAGACAAGCGAGCUGUACUUGAGCUUUGUGACGCGUUGCAGCUAGAAGAGCAGGGAUCCGCGCUCGUGGAUUCGCUCUUCGAGCAGCGCUCCAGCCGAGUUACGUUUACUCAGUUCCGCAACGGGCUCCUGUCGGUGAUCGGCGGUGAGGGGCAGUCUACGGCGCCAGCACCUCGGUCACCCACAUCGCCGAACAAUUGCUGUUCCUCUCCCAUACACUCCGCAGCUGAUGGAGUCCUGAGCCGCACGACGCUACAAAGCGACGAUGAUUCUUCUUCUGGUCGUGAAUGUGUUCCGAGAGUCACAUUCGGUUCUAAAAAGUAUGGAAGAAGAUCUCGUCCGUCAAAAAUUAGUUGUGAAGAUUCCCCUCGUCAUCGGGUGGCAUCAGAAUCACGCUUGCACAAUGCAAGAAAUAAGCAACACUUUAAAUAUAAAAGGAGCUCGUCAGCAAUGGAGACUCGCUCAGAUAGUCUGCAAGACAAUCUACAAGGUUCUCACCUAGAGCACAACCAGAAUGUUGACAGAAUACAAGCCCUGGCAUUGUGUAGAGGUCUUAACAUGCAUGGUGUUGACCAAAACUUUGUAGAUAGAGUGUUUGAAGAUUCUAAAUCUGAACAAAUUACUGUUGGUAUGUUUUUUGACCGGUUGAAUGCCUCUUUACAAAGUUCAAUUGAUUCAACAUUAGAUAUGAGUGUGUCAUCUUCAGAAGAAUGUCUUGAUAUGGAAUAUACUAUGAGUGAUGUUAUUGUACAGGCCUGGGAAAGAGUGGGUGUUCCAAAACCCCAGCGGCUAUUAAAUGAUUUAGGUUUCUCUGCUGUGGGAAUACAGCUGCAGGAUCUAGAGCGUUGCCUUGAUGAUGAACUGCAAGCAUUAAAUUCCUCUUCCAUAAUAUCUGAUCCUCAAUCGUUGCUACUUCUAGCAUCCCACACAGUAGCUCAACUACGCUUAGAGAAAAUAAAGAUUAAACUAGAGAUAGCACUUGGUGAACGUGACAAACUACGGCUAGACCUAAAGGAAGCUAAUAAAAGGUCACGAAUGUUAGCUCAAGAUGUUGAUGAGAAUCAUGCCAAGAUAGAAGCAGAGCUGAAGGCAAGUCUGCAACAAUUGGAAGCUCGUCAUGCAGAUAUUGUAAAGGCAGUCACAGCUGAAGCUUCAGUAGAGAGAGAACAUGCCACUUCUCUAAGACAGAAGCUAGAAGCGGAAAUUGCUUGCAGGACUGACCUUGAAAAUAGAUUGAAAACAGAAUUAACGACAUUCAGUGAAAGACAGCAAGAACUAGAGGAAAGAGUAAAGGAAGCAGACUGCCGUGUGUCACAAACAGAAAAAGAGUGCUCCCGAAUUGUAAGAGAGACACAAUUGGCAGCAGAACAAAGUUCAAUGCUCUUGGAGGAUGAGAGAGGCCGCAGUGCAGAACUGAAUAGUCGGCUGCAGGAGCUGAUCAUGGAAAACCAAAAGCUUAGAGAUAGGAAUGAUGAGCUUUGUGCAGAGCUGGAGUCGGCAGCCAAGAGUACAGUGGGCCCUGUGUACAGUGAGGCGGCCUGCUGGCGAGAGGAGACUGCAGUGGCACCCUCCCCGACACAUUCAACACCCCUGUCCCAGAGAGGAAGUUUCAUGUCAGACGAUGAAAGUAAAUGUAAACACGAUGCAGAACGAAUUUUGCAAGUGAUUGCCGAGAAGUUGAGGUCGCUGCCGGUCGCUGCCGAGGACGUUUCGAGAUGCGCGAGGUGCGACGCCGUGUGUGAGCUGCAGGUGAUGGUGGGGCGAGAGUUACCCGCCGACCUGGUGCGGUCGUGGGACACGGACCUCUCCACUGCCAAUGCGAUCGAUUCGGAGAAAGAGAAUCUCAAGAGCCUUGUGAAGGAGUUGGAGCUGAGCCUGGAGCAGCUGCGGGAGGAGUACGAGCGGUGCGAGGAGUACUGGGCGGGCAAGGUGCGAGCCGACCGCGAGAGGUACGAGGCCGAGCAGCGUGCUGAUGACGAGCGCCUCGCUCAGCUGGCUGACAAGAUCGCCAGCUACGAGCGACAGUUUGCGCCGGCGCCGCCUGAAUCCUCCGCAUUGCCCGCGUUACCAGAAAGCGCGCUCGAGGAGCAGUACCUGCAGCUGGAGACGGAAUCCCGGGCACAGCGAGCCGCCGCCGAGCACCAGCUACGCUGCAAGAAUGAAGAGAUAGAAAAUCUGAAGAAAAUUAUACAAGAAGCAGAACAACGACUUAUUGACCUGGAACAACAACAUAAACAGCAGCAACAACAACAGCAACAGCAUCAACAGCAGCAGCAACAACAUCAACAGAAGCAACAUCGAACAACCCCGCGACAUUUCACCAUCGUGGAUGAACUGCAGCACGUGCACAUGAUGGCGGGAGGCACUGCGGGCGCGGCUCGGUGCGCAUGCGCGUGCGGAGGAGGCGGCGCGGGAGGGGGCGGGCUGCGGGCGCGGGCCGUGCGCGCCGAGCGGGCCGCCGCGCGGCUGCACGCGCGUCUGGCCGCCGCCGACCUGCUGGUGAAGGACCUGUACAUAGAGAACUGCCGCCUGGCGCACAUGCCGCACGCGCCUUGACCGACCAGAAGUGCGAGUGGUGGGCACCGUUUCGUACUGGCAGGAUUGUAGUGCUACUACUGGUCAUUAGUUCGAUCAAACAAUUAACCAUUUAACAUUACUACAAUUAUUAUUAACAAUAAUUAUUGUCUAACUUAACAUUUUUCCCCUGCGAAGAGAAGAAUGCCUGUAAGUUACCGUAGGUAUAUUUUCACGAUUUUGAAACUGAAUAAAAGCUCGAUACCGAUUUAAAUUUAUGUCGUAGCAUAAUGCGUCUACAUUUUAUUAUAAUAUUUUAUAUUUAAUAGUGUAAUAUAAAUUCGUUUGUGAAUGUACUGAAUGUACAUUAUUAUAUUUGUAGGUGUAUGUUGUAUAAGUAUAGUGCUACAUUCUUGACAUUUAUUUAGUCAUCAACAUAGUGUUAUUGUAGUAGGAGGCAGUGAAUGGUUCCCAUUCCGAUAUGACAUGUGAUGUACAACUAAUGUGAUAUGAUUUGAUCGUGUACCUUUGUAUAUAUCAGUUGUCACUUGCUUACAUAUUUGAUUGUUAUUGCGAGAUCUUUAUAUAAUAUUAAGUAAGACAUUUAGUGAUGUAGAUGGAAGCCAGCGGCCUACUCAUAUUUUAAAUCAAAAUGAAUUUAAAUGUUAUAUAACGUGAAGAUUAAUUUGUAUAUAAUUUAAGACUGACACUGAUUGACUGAUAAUCUUAGUCAGUGGUAGUCGUGAGGUGCGGCGAGUACAGACUAAAUAUGGUCCUUCAAGACGAGUGCAGAGUUGAUGUGGUCCUUCGAGACGAGUGCAAAGUAGAUGUGGUCCUUCGAGCCGAGUGCAGAGUAGAUAUGGUCUUUCGAUCCGAGUGCAGAGUAGAUGUGGUCCUUCGAGCCGAGUGCAGAGUAGAUAUGGUCUUUCGAUCCGAGUGCAGAGUAGAUGUGGUCCUUCGGGACGAGUGUCUUCUUAGUUAGAUGUUGUCUGUGUAUAUAAUAUCAAGUAUUAAGUUCCGUAAAGCACUCAAUGGCUGCAGAAUGUUGGACACGCCUGCGAUUUCAUCGUACACGCCGUGCUAAUGUGUUUCACCGAUGGACAUCUAUUAUGCUAUACUACCCCAGUGAUGUGUGUAAACUAAGAAUACUUAAAGUGCCUUUGUUAACUCUAUAAAAUGUUAGAUGACGUGAUGAUUAUCGAACCUUUGAUUGUUACUUGCAAAUUUUGAAUAGAAAGUAAUGUCCAAGAAUAUAUUACUUACUAAAUAUUAUUAUAUUGAUAGAUUAUUGAAUCAAUAGGUCAAUUUCUGUGCAGUCGCGCGCACCGGACGUGGUCGUUGAGCCCACGCUGCGAGCGCCUCGUGCAUAUAUAUUAUGACAUAAUUAAUAAAUUUAUUUUUUUAUAUAAUUUAUAUACAUACCGAUGUUCCUAUAGUGAUCUAUGAGUUUGUCAGUCACAAUGUUUGCGUGGCGCGGCGUUCAACGGUGUCGCUAUACGCAGUGGUGUUCCUGGUGUGGUCAUAUCAACAACCAGUGUGUAUAUUAACCCCCUUAUUCAUAAUGGUCCGCUAACUUUAAACAGCCGCUUAGGAGUGUUUUUUCUCAUUCUGACUUAGGUCAAUAGAAGCAGACAGAGUGAGAAUUAGCAAUGCUUUAAGUUAGCAGACUAUUAUGAAUAAGGGGGUAUAUCUUUAUAAUAUAUAUUAGCCGGCCGCGUAUAAUAUAAUAUUGUAUAUCCCAAUAUUUGUUUAUGUAUGUUAUAAUGAAGCGCGUUUACGAAUAUAAUAUCAAGCACCAAUCGGCUCACGAUUAUCCGUUAUUAAAUAAAUAUUUGUUGAUUA